AUGAAAUGGCAACCUGUUCCUGGCUCUGCUUGUCCUGCGUCCCCUCUUGAUCAAGGAGAGUUGGGACCCACUCUUCCGGCAACUGCCGUUGAGUCAACAAGCCUUGAACCCAAGGGGUGGAGCCCCCCAUACACCAGAAGACCGGAAGCCCCCAGCAGUCAAGGCCACGCCCAGGCCCUACCCAAAACCAACCCUCUUCCAGCGCCUACCAACCCCCGUCCAGGUCCCCCCGCAGGCUAUACUCCCCCUCCACCUUUGCCUAUCAGACUCCGUUCCCCCCAAGUCCCUCAACCAAUGGCUCCUGUAGCCACAUAUCAAACCCCGGUCAAGGUGGAUCACCCUGAUGCCUAUACCAGGAAAAUAGGGAACAAAGCCCGCCAGUGGCUCACACAAAUGCUGGCAUGGGUACGCCUGAAUCAAUGGAUGUUCCCCACAGAUCAGGAGGUUCUGUUGCUCCUCCUGAUGAACAUGAAGGACAUAGCAGGGGCCUGGGCUCACCCCCACCUCAAUCAACUUGGGUCCCACAGGGCCCUAAUUCAAACAGUUGACAACUUCAGGGCAGAGUUUUUGGCUGCAUUUGGGAACCCAGAUGCUACGCAAGCCGCUGAGCAGCAAAUCUCACACCUCACUCAGACAGGCACCUGUGCUGAGUAUAUCACAAAGUUUAGGACCAUUGCUAUGGACCUAGACUGGAACAAUGCAGCCCUCCACAGGCAAUUUGCACAAGGCCUCCACUGGGAGGUCAGCCAACUCAUUGCUACCUGUGAGCAGCGCCCUACUACCCUCCUUGAGCUGCAGAAUGCAGCUCUGGUCAUCAAUAUUGCCCUCUGCAAAGAGUGUGCCAGCCACCUGCCAAAGGGUAAUAAGUCUGGAACCUCUAGCACCACCCCUAAUAGGGGGGCAAGUACUGGCCAACAGGUCACCAGACCAGGACACCUAUCCAGCAAUCCCAACUUUGUAACCAAGGAGGAGCGGAACCACCGCAGGGCUGAAGGCCUUUGCAUCAAAUGCAGAAAGACAGGCCACAAGUUUGCGGAAUGCCGCACCAGCUGGAAGGCCACGCCUAAAGAGGAAGGCAUCAAAAAGGAAACCGCCAAGAUUGGCAAAGAGUCUGGACCCAAAUUGGGAAAAGACUAA